GCGGUGGCUGCCGGGAAAGCGAUGGCGGCGACAGCGGAAUCUGCUCCGACUUUGUGACCCUGAGCAAUGGCCCGGAGGUGAGCCCAGAGCUGGCCCUGAGGUGGCCCUGAGAAGAAGUGGAAGGCAGAGGUGGUGCUGAGGCAGGAGAGCCCCGUGCUGGGGAAGAGGCUGAUCUGGGAGUGCCCAGCAGCGAGAAGGUGCUGUGUCCAUGCCCUGUGUGCCAGCAGGAUUUGUCCUUCCCAAAGCUUGGGUGGAUGGAGGAGGAGGCUGCGAGGAUGAGGAAAAAGCUGCAGGCCCCCCAGGCAGGCCCCAAGCUGAGGACGGAGAGCACGGAGGACAAAUCCCCCCGGCAGAGCCUGGUGGGAGAGGCCGUUUUGAAGGGCUCCCCGGUGCAGGAAGGCAGCGGGGAGGAAAAGGCCCGGAGAUGCCCCCGGAGGAGGGGCUGCAAAGCCAGCCCAGGGAGCUCUGAGGAGGAAAGACCCGUCCUGUGCCGGGAAGGCAGCCGGAGCUUGAGCCGGAGCUCCGAGCUGGUGGUCCCUGAGCAGCCUCCCAGCAGGGAGAAGCCCUUCAGGUGCUUGGAAUGUGGGAAGAGCUUCAGGGUGAGCACCCAGCUCCUCAGCCACCAGCUCAUCCACACUGGGGAACGACCCUACACCUGUAGGGAAUGUGGGAAGAGCUUCACUCAGAACUCCACCCUGAUCCACCACAAGCACAUUCACACUGGGGAACGACCCUACACGUGUAGGGAAUGUGGGAAGAGCUUCAGGAAGAGGUCCAUUCUCCUCAGCCACCAGCACAUCCACACUGGGGAACGGCCCUACGUGUGUAGAGAAUGUGGGAAGGGCUUCAGCCAGAGCUCCAACCUCCACAGCCACCAGCGCAUCCACUCCGAGGAACGGCCCUACACGUGUAGGGAAUGUGGGAAGAGCUUCAAGCAUAAAUGUACCCUGACUCAACACCAGCAUUUCCACACUGAGGAAAGGCCCUACACAUGUGGGGAAUGUGGGAAGAAGUUUAAGACCAGCUCAGCUCUCCUCAGGCAUGAGCGGAUACACACAGGAUGAGAGGCCCUUCCGCUGCACCGACUGCGGGAAGGGCUUCAACCGGAACUCCCACCUCGUCGGCCACCGGCGCAUCCACACCGGGGAGAGGCCCUACAAGUGUGGGGAGUGUGGGAAGAGCUUCAGCCAGAGCUCCCACUUGACCUCCCACCAACGGACCCACCAGUAAGGGAAGCCCUAUGAAUGCCCCAACUGCGGGAAGAGCUUCGGCCGCUGCUCCCACCCCGAAUGACCCCCUGAUGGUGAGGCAACCUCUGGAGUCCAGUGACUGUCAGUCCAUCCAUUUCUAGCAGAAAGGGCCAGUCCCCUUUGCCAGGGGCAGGUUGUACCAACAGAACCCUUCCUGGGGGAUGUGUGGAGAUUCCUGCCUUGACUGGGACCCCCCAGGGUCAGUGCUGGAGGUUGAGAGCAGAGAUCUCCCCACAAGUGUUGGUCUGGGGGAGUUCCAUCCAUUUUUAAUUAAUAUUUUCUGGUUUUAUGCCAGCUUGAGUAGAAUUGCUUCCACAAUUACUUUAGUGUAGAGCACUGUCCUAUCUUACGCUGUACUACUGGUAGUUUUAGUGUUUCUAUUGUGCAGUAAAUAAUUCUGAUGAAGAUCUUUUGUCUGAUCAUUUGUUACCCUAAAUAAUUCAUUUCUAUCAAUAGAUUGGACUUGUCAUCAUUAAAACCCUGGGGGACAAAAGUUGUUCAGUCCCACCUCUGUAAUUCCUCUAAACUGAACCUGUUGGCAUAACCCAAAGGUUGAGAUUGGAUCCAGCAGCCCCAGCACCCCACAGUCAGUUGGGAGCUCAGGGGGGCCACCCCCUUUUCCAGCCUCCUUGUACCAAAGACCCCCAUGGGACUGCCGGAUCCACCAGACCACCCCCCUUUUCCACCUUUCUCCCUGUUCCUCCCACUUUUCCAUGGUCCCUCGUUAUAGUCUUCCUUAAUAUUGCAGAUGGAGCUUCAGAUUCGAAUAUUCCCUUGAGCAAAAUUAAACCUCACACAAGUUUUCUGUUGAUACCAAAACUUGAUUUUAUUAAUUGCUAAGAGGUGCAAAAAGAACGAGGAAAAAAUAAGAAAACGUUGGAAAACUCUUACGAUUACGUCUGAAAGCAGAGAGAAGAUACCACCAUGCCACCUUUCCCCUGAGCUGGUCUGUGUGUGUGGGUGAGUAGCAGUUUCUGCCCCUUUUUUUUUCCUGUCUCUGCAGCUUUUGGAUGUUGUCUCUGUAGCUGCAGGGGGUCUGACAGCUUUAGUUCUCUGCAAUGCACCAUGUGUAGUUUCACCACUCACACCCCUUUCCCAGACCCUCCAGGGUCUCAGCUCAGCCGAAGCUUUGGGCCCUCAGAAAUAUGGUCAGGGUAGAAGGAUAAGGUAGAACUCCCACAUGUGGCACGGUGGUCUCAGCUCUCUCCAGGCCGGCACAGUUCCAGUCUCUGGUGGCAGGCAGGCAGCACGCGGUGGCGGAGAAAAGGUGAGGGGAUGUGGGCAGAGAUUCUCGGCUACAGUCACCAGUUCUUCUCC